AUGUCGUCCACACUCCCAUCUUCGCCCGAGCUGCCACCAGCCAAGCGAAUGCGCUCGCGCUCGCCGGAGCAGCCUCAGGCCGAAGCAAAUGGCCAGAUUGGCCUUGCAUCGACGUCCGCCGCUGCCUCUGAGUCUACGUCCGCUCAGGACAAGCAGGCUCGCAAAGCCGAAGCCCGUCGAUCGCGACAGAAGCGCAAGGACUACGCCAAGCAGCUCACCAAGACCGGCCGCGAGCCCAUCGAGUUCGACAUUGAGGACCUCAUCGGCGCUCGCAAUGUCACCGACAUCCUAUCGGAAGGGCUGGAGCAUAAGAACAAGUUCGAACGCGGCACUCGGCUUACACUUCAGAUCGAGCGCCUCGAUGCACACGGUGACGGUCUCGCCAUCGCACCAGAGCGCGAUUGGGUCAUCGCCGUGCCGCACACUCUGCCAGGAGAAAAGGUGACCGUGGAGAUCAGCAGCAACGAACGGCUGUACUCCAAGGCCAAGCUGGUGGAGGUGCUCGAGAAGAGCGCCACAAGGCAGGACGAGCUGGUACGAUGCAAGUACUUUGGAGACUGCGGUGGAUGCCAGUACCAGAUGAUUGACUAUGCACAUCAGCUCGAGAUCAAGCGAGGGGUGGUGGAGAGGGCCUUCGCCAGGUUCUCAGGCUUGGAUGCGGCAUUGAUACCGGAAGUGCUGCCAACCAUCGCCUCGCCAAACCAGUACAACUACCGCACCAAGCUCACGCCGCAUUUCGAACUUCCGUACGAGCUGCGACGGGGCAGGCGGACGGGCAUUCGCAACGACGCCAAUGGCAACGGCAAAGCUGAGUACGAUGUGCCAAUUGGCUUCGACUGCAUCGGCACAAAGAGGGUCAUGGACAUUGAAGAGUGCCCCAUUGCGACCAAGACGAUCAACAAGGCACUCCCCGCCGCAAAGCAAAAGGUCGUGGACACCAUCGAGUCGUUCAAGAACGGCGCGACAAUCCUACUCCGAGACUCGCUGAUCACCUACGACAGCUUUGCAGAGGAUCUCGCGGUCACAUCGAGCGCCGGCGAAGUGGAGCGCGAGUUCGACACCGAGGUCGUCACGGACCACAAAGCCACAGUCAAGGAGCGUGUGCUCACGACCAAGUUCGAGUCGCCUGCCGGCACCUUCUUCCAGAACAACCGGAGCAUCCUUCCGAGCCUGCUGGACUACGUCCGCGAUGCGAUCACCUCUUCCGGCACCGGUGGCGGCCGCUACCUGGUCGACGCAUACUGCGGCUCGGGCCUGUUCAGCCUCUGCCUCGCCUCGCUCUUCCACGAAGUCUCGGGCGUCGAGAUCUCGUCCGAAUCCAUCAGGUACGCUACCAAGAAUGCCGAGCUCAACGGCAUCACCAACGCCAAGUUCCUCGCCGGCAACGCAGAGGAUAUCUUUGCCAGGAUCGAGUACCCGGCGGAGAAGACGACCGUCAUCAUCGACCCACCCAGGCGAGGAUGCGAUGAGGAGUUCAUAAGGCAGCUGGUGAAGCUCGGACCGAAGCACAUUGUCUAUGUGUCGUGCAACGUGCAUACGCAGGCGAGGGACGUGGGGCAGCUGAUUGCGAAGGAUGCGAGGUACAAGAUCAUGAGUGUCAGGGGGGCCGAUUUGUUCCCUCAGACUCACCACGUCGAGGGCGUCGCGGUCUUGGAGCGCGUUGAUGCGUAG